UUCUUUUUUCUUCUUCUUUUUAGCCUGUUGAACGACAUUGACCUAAGAGUACCAUGAAAAGUCACAAAUACCCCCAAAUCUAUAAAUCAAAGCGUGUCAUGCUUACCUUUGAAGAUAAGACAGUUUAGUAAAUUCAACAAAUCACAGAUCAAGAGCGUUCCCCCUCCAAACUCCCAAAACUCUCCAAAUCUUCCUUCCCCCUUUUGGGCGUUUCCCGGCGACUUCAAAACCACACUCUUUGAGUCUCCACACCCACACAAAACUCGCACACACACACAUUAACCCUUCAACUUCUACACACACUCACACACUAACUCGGAAGCCCUUCCUUUCACUUCUGAUUAGAUGACUUAGACACUAUAAUGCGGAAAUUGAACGGUUACAAUGGCGGCAACGGCGUUGGCGCCGGCGGUGCGAACGGCGGCGGAGUAGCCAGAAACGGCGGAGUUUCGUCGGAUCACAACACUAAUAGCUACCAGCACCAUGUUUCGAUUGGGAUUCGCUCCAGUGGUGCUUCGCAGAAGCAGCAAUCGCGAUACGGCCACCAUCAUCAUAAUCACCACCACCGACGGUUAAUUAGAGUCCGCAAGAUCUCCAUCGUCACCGCGCUGCUUGUCUUCCUAGUUGUUGCUUUCGUUGGUUCCAUCUCUGCUUUUAUUUACCUAUCUUCCAAAGAUAAAGAUAUACAUAGUAGUCAUACAGAAGAUGAUGAGUUAGGAAAUUACACCGAUUUUCUUGUAAAUGUUACACGGACGAAUAAAAACAAAGAUGUUAAAUUUGGACAUGGAUCAGUUAAACAUGGUCGUGACUCGCGGUAUUGGGAUGGGGAUGAUAGAAGAAGAGAUGAAGAUUAUCAUGAAGGGGACUUAGAUGGGGCUCGGGAUUCUGUAGAUGAUAGUGUGAGGGAGAAAGCAAAAAAGGGUGAUAAGAAAGCUUAUUCUGGUGAAUCUAAUAAAGAUGUAAGCCAUAGAGGCCAGGGAUUGUAUAAUGAGGCAGGGCGGAAUGAAUUAAAGAUGUAUGAGGCUGAGUAUGAGUCAUCUUUAGAUGAAAUUAAUCAUGUUAACCAGCAGGGUAGUGUGAAUGAGGAUCCCGAUGAUGAUACUAGGGAAAAUGCUGAUAAGAUGGUAGAUCCUAAUGACGAGUAUGAUGAUGGCAUUGACAUACAAGAUGUCCGAUCCGAAGAUGAUGAUGAUGAUGAAGUAGGUCACAUUAAUAGGGAUCAUUCUGGUUCCGUAGCAUCUGAUGAUCUGGAUGGUAGAGAUUUGUCUGAAUUACAUGGUUCUGGAAUCAGACGCCCAAAUGAAGAGAUUGAUGAAAUGUCCAGUGAUUUUUCAGACAAGGAAUCACAUUCGAGUCCUAAGAGUGCAAGCAAAGUUUCUAGCUCUUCAAAACAUGCAAGUUUGAAUGGUGGUCAAUCUUCUAAAAAGUCUGCCUCUGAAAAGAGGUCUGGUUCCAAAAAGAAAGCAAAGCGCCAUUCCUGUGAGAUGAAACUUUUGAAUGCUACGGCACUUCUGGUGGAACCUUUAGAAAGUCGAAAAUUCUCAAGGUUUUCCUUGCAGUAUACUGAGGCAGAAGAGAAACCCAAUAAUGAUGAAAUGUGGGAACCAAGAUUUGCUGGACAUCAGAGUCUUGAAGAACGGGAAGAAUCUUUUAUUGCACAUGAUCAGAAAAUAAAUUGUGGCUUUGUUAAAGGUCCACCUGAAUAUCCUAGUACAGGUUUUGAUCUGGCAGAAGAUGAUGCUAAAUUUAUGAGCAGUUGCCACAUUGCUGUAUUGUCGUGCAUAUUUGGAAACUCAGAUCGUUUAAGAACGCCGGCUGCAAAAACGGUUUCUCGUCUAUCAAGGAAAAACGUCUGUUUUGUUAUGUUCGUUGAUGAAAUCACUCUAAGAACACUUACAUCCGAGGGACAAAUGAUGGAUAGAAUGGGCUUCAUUGGAUUGUGGAAAGUUGUUUUGGUGAAGAAUCUACCUUACACUGACAUGAGGAGAGUCGGAAAGGUUCCAAAGUUCUUGUCUCAUCGACUUUUCCCUUCAGCUAGGUAUUCUAUCUGGUUAGACAGCAAGUUACGCCUACAGCUUGACCCAUUUCUGAUCUUGGAGUAUUUCUUGUGGAGGAAAGGUCAUGAAUAUGCUAUCUCGAAUCAUUAUGACCGCCACUGUUUGUGGGAAGAAGUUGCCCAAAAUAAAAAGCUGAACAAGUACAACCAUACCGUUAUAGAUCAACAAUUUGAAUUCUAUCAACAUGAUGGAAUAAAACGGUUUAAUGCAUCGGACCCGAAUAAACUUCUCCCAAGCAAUGUACCAGAAGGGUCUUUUAUUGUCAGAGCGCACACACCAAUGUCGAACUUGUUUUCUUGUCUUUGGUUUAAUGAGGUUGAUCGAUUCACUCCUCGUGAUCAACUGAGUUUCGCAUACACCUAUUACAAAUUGAGGAAGACAAAUCCAGAGAAACCUUUUUAUUUGAACAUGUUUAAGGACUGUGAGAGACGAAAGAUAGCCAAACUGUUCCGCCACAGGUCAGAAGAGAAGAGAAAUAUGUUGCAGCAUGAGAUAGAAUAGUUGCUGGAAAGUUGAUUUUCCUGUGACGGAUUUGCAUAUCUUUAUUGUGAGUCUGCUUUAUUGGAAUCAUUGGUUCGAUUCUUCUAGCGUAUAUGUUGUAAAAAGAUGUUCAUUCAGUUUCCUCAGAAAUUCUUUUUUUCUGUAUUUCCACUGAUUGAUGUGUUUGGAUGCGAAGUCCACACAUCAAAGACACACCAGAGAGAGGAGAAGGCAGGUUAGUUUUCAAAAGUAUCUUUCACCUGAAAAUAGAAAUAACAAAUCAAGAAUCGUAGGUACUGUUUGAUUCAUUUUUUUGUACCAUAGCUACAUGAAGAAGCCAUCCCAUACCUCUUGUAACAGUAUUAUCAUUACUAUAGUUAAUAGAGAAGUACACACACUUGAUGAGCGGGUUCAAUUUUACAUUUAUGAUAGGGGAUUGUGAAGUGUUCAGGUCAUUUAAAAUCUGUAUGAGGGAUGUAUUAAAGUUCAUUCAUUCCAUGAAAGUAUUAAAGUUCAUUCAUUCCCUGAAAGUAGCUUUUAACACUUUGUUUAGACCUGGUAAGCUUUCAGAAAUAUGUGUUGUCUUCUUUCUGUGUUCCUUUUUGUGUUUUUAAUUAUUAAAGUAGAUCAUUGUAUUUGAUCGUUUUAGCCUUACAAGACGUGAGACAUUUUGUGCUCUCACAGAUGCAUUGAUUGUUAUCACGAGUUGCUUGUCUGUUAGAGGGUGUGCGAUAUUGGUAGUUUGAUCUCCAACGGGCAUAGACAUGGUUGACCUCAAAAAUGGUUUCAACCCGAGGGUUUGUAAGUAGAAGAUGCACUGGGAUUUGAUUUGUCUCUGAUUUUUUUCCAUACAAUGUGCUCGAGGCAUUGCCUACCUUUACUUUUCUGUUACAGAUCUGUUAGUUAGGUUUCUUGUUUCGAACAUUUUGUUUUUGUUCUAGUAAUUUAGGGAGCUGCAUGCUUGGAAAAGGGACAUUGGUAAUGGAAUAAGGGUAAGCAAGUUUUCAUUUGGGACAUGAGAAAUUGG